AUGAUUGACUUCGAAUGGAAUCAUCCUUCUAGUAGUAAAGAAAAAGUUGAUGAACUUCAAAUGAACAUUAAAGCUCAUCAAACCAUAGUUGUGUUCUAUCGAAAAGAAGCGGGAGACUUAAUUCAAUUGAAAUCAGUGUUCAUCCAUACUCCAAAGCUCUGUUUCAUCUCAAUACUUUCACUAUCAGCUGACAUUCAUCCAAAUGCUCGAUGGCAACAGAAUGGUUUCACUGUGGCUGGAGGAAAUGGAAAAGGCAAUGGAAUCAAUCAACUCUACUACCCAUGGGGUAUGUAUGUUGAUGAUGAUGAUCAAACAAUCUAUAUCGCUGAUCAAUACAAUCAUCGUAUUGUGGAAUGGAAAUGGGGUGCGACGAGUGGCCAAGUGGUUGCCGGUGGAAAUGGACAACGAAGUGGGACUCAUCAGUUGUCUGACCCAUUUGAUGUGAUUGUCGACAAAGAGAGAGAUAGUCUCAUCAUCUGCGAUCGUUCGAAUAAUAGAGUGGUUCGAUGGCCUCAUCGAAAUGGGACAAGUGGAGAAACAAUCAUCUCGAACAUCGAUUGUGUGGGUUUGACAAUGGACGAGAAUGGAUCUCUCUAUGUCAGUGACUAUGAAAAAGAUGAAGUGAGACGAUAUCGAAGAGGAGAAUCUCAAGGAACAGUGGUUGCAGGUGGCAAUGGAAGUGGAAAUCGUCUCGAUCAACUCUCUUCCCCACACUGUGUAUUCGUCGAUCGAGAUCAUUCAGUGUAUGUGUCUGAUUAUGGAAAUGAUCGUGUGAUGAAAUGGGUGGAAGGUGCAAAACAAGAUAUGGUCGUGGCUGGUGUGUUAUGUGGCUCUAGUCAUUAUAGUUGUAACGCUUUGAUGUCAAUCUGA